AUGUUUCCAGCUAAGUUUCAGUAUAAGAAGUCAAUCACUAACACGUGCAUGUCUGUGAGGCACAAAUUCGUCAUUAUGGCAACAAAUCUAAUACAUUCUAUAUUUACAUUAUCUAUCUAUCUAUCUAUCUAUCUAUCUAUCUAUCUAUCUAUCUAUCUCAGUCUGUUCAUAUCUAUCUAUCUAUCUAUCUAUCUCAGUCUGUUCAUAUCUAUCUAUCUAUAUAUCUAUCUAUCUAUCUAUCUCAGUCUGUUCAUAUCUAUCUAUCUAUCUAUCUAUCUCAGUCUGUUCAUAUCUAUCUAUCUAUCUAUCUAUCUAUCUAUCUCAGUCUGUUCAUAUCUAUCUAUCUAUCUAUCUAUCUCAGUCUGUUCAUAUCUAUCUAUCUAUCUCAGUCUGUUCAUAUCUAUCUAUCUAUCUAUCUAUCUAUCUAUCUAUCUAUCUAUCUAUCUAUCUAUGCCUUCCCAUGAUCUAACUAUCUAUUUGUCUUCUUUCGACGUGAGUCACAGCUUCUGUGCUUUCUUUUUUCUCUCCUUGAUUUUCAUUCAUACUUUACUGCCUUUCUCUGCAUUCCCGAACAUUCGUUCAUCUUUCAGUCUUUUUCGUUAUUCUCUCAACAUCUAA